ACUGUGUCAUUAUUAUCGUGAAUCAUGGAAAUAAAGUCCGACUCAAUGUCGAGAGAUUAUUUAGUCCACAUUUUCCUGCAGUGAGGGUAGCACGUUAUAAUUGUGUCAUGGAGGAGAUAUCAAAAAUCUUGGAAACAACCGUUUCUAUUUUUAAAAAAAUAUCAGACGUCCUCGGAGUGCAAUGGGCGCCAACGGACAUCCCCAUGAGUCGUCGUCUCCAAACCCUGGCUGCGACGGGCUGGAUAUGUCUGGUACUGUUUGGAGAAGCCUUCUGCAUAUACCUCCUGAUAGCCCUGGUCUAUUCCAGCUACUGGUGGCUGGGGGUCCUCUACGCUAUAUGGAUGAUGAAUGAUAUCGAUAUUUCGAACAAAGGUGGGAGAAGGAUCGAGUGGGUAAGGAACUGGGCUUGGUGGCGAUACUACCGCGACUACUUCCCCAUCAAACUGGUCAAGACGGCCGAUCUAGAUCCUUCUAGAAACUACCUCUUCGCGGUCUUUCCCCAUGGAGUCAUAAGCUGUGGGGCUGUUGGGGCUUUCGCGACAAAUGCCUUGGGUUUUGACAAACUCUUCCCAGGAAUGAAAAGCAGUCUUAUAACUCUGAGAGGUCAUUUCUUAGUGCCGUUUUUUAGGGAUCUGGUACUCGCUUUGGGAGGAAUCGCGUCGUCUCAAGAAAGUAUCAUGUACAAUCUUGAUACUAGGAAUCGUAAGGGGCACUGUGCUGUCUUGAUCGUUGGAGGCGCGGCUGAAGCUUUAGAUUCUCACCCUGGAGAAUAUAAAGUCAUUCUGAACAGACGGAAAGGAUUUGUACGAGUUGCUAUGAAGUCUGGAGUUCCAUUAGUGCCAGUGGUAUCAUUCGGCGAGACUGAUGUCUUCCGUCCGUUCAACAACCCUGAGGACGGCUACCUGCGCACCAUCCAGGAGAAGAUCCGGCUCUGGACCGGGAUCUCGCCUAUGUUCCCUAUCGGCCGAGGCAUGUUCCAGUACACGUUUGGAGUGGUGCCUUUACGAGCUCCCGUCACUACUGUUGUUGGCGCCCCAAUGGAAGUGCAGAGAAAUCUAGACCCUACCGAUGAAGAAAUAGAGUCCGUCCACGCAGAAUUCAAGAAGAGGCUAAUAGACCUUUUUGAAACCGAGAAAUCUAAGUACUUGCCAAACCAUGAGAAAGUGCAUUUGACAAUAACAUAGUAAAUUGUUUUUAAUUUUAGUUAGAAAUGUUAAGGUUUCUAUUUUCCAAGGAAAGUGAAUAUAUGAGAUUUAAGAAGAAAAAAUUAUCAUUCAAUUCUCAUUAAUCGUUGUGGUUGAAUACUGCCUGCCUCUUUUUAAUUUCAAAUUUAUUCUUAAAAAAACUGUUUUUUUUUUUGGAAACAAUUAUUGUGAUAUUAACCCUUGUGUACAUAUAGUACCUGUAUAUGGCAAAAUAUAUAACAGACUGAUUAAAAAGUCAAAUGUUUUUAUAGUAAUUAAGUAAAUUUAUAAAAUUGUUAUUUUUAUUUAAAAAAAAAAGAAAAAUACUAUGAAUAAGUAAUAAAGGUUUUUGUACGGUUA